AUGCGUCGGCUCCAUCUCCUCGUUUGCCUCGUGGGGGCCGCCAUCGUCCUGUUUCACAUGCUCACUCAGCGACGGGCACCCAUCGCCGUGGCGCCAUCGGACGGCUCCGCGACGUCGCGGAAGACCUCCGCGCCGAAAGCGAUCGACCCGAAAUGCGCCGAGCUCGAGCGCCGCUUCGACGACGCGGUCGGCGCCGCGCGGCGCGAGCAUGCGGAGCGGGCGUGGGCGAACAAGAGGCCGGACUGCCCGCGGGAGCGGCGGAGCUGGCGCCAGCAGGGGCUGAGCUUCCAGGUGGUCGGGACGCCCUGCCAGCCCUGGUGGAGGCAAGAUGCCAUCGCGAUCGUCGACGCGCUCGCGUCGAAGACGGACGUCGCGGUCGCGGUCGAGUGGGGCUCAGGGAGCUCGUCGUUCUGGCUCGCGGAGCGCGUCGGCCGCCUCCACGCCGUCGAAAACGACAAAAAGUGGGCUGAACGCAUGCGACGCGACCUGAACCGGCUCUUCGGGAACGCCCGGGUUCACGUCGCCGACACGAAAGAGGAGCGCCGCCAGACGUGCAGCAGAGACGGCUGCGCGAAGGCCGAGUGGGACGCCUUGGACGAGCUCCGGCGGGCGGCGUACGCGAACGUGACCCUCUCCCGCGGCGACGGCUCCGUCGACACCGUCGCGGACCUCGUCGUCGACGACGGGCGCAUGCGCUUCGAGGUCAUGAAACGCGCGCUCCGCCUCCUCAAGCCCGAGGGCGGCGUCCUCGUCCUCGACAACUCGAAUCGCUACACCCGCGACUUCAGGCCGGACUUCAAUCUCCCGGACCUCGUCCCGCGGCACUGGCUCCGCUACACGUCGCCGAAAACGUGGCCCGACGACGGCUCGCUGAGUCCGGAGGACCGGAGGACCGCGAACCUCUGGAUCCAGCGAGAUUUUGUCGUGACGACCGUGUGGAUGUCGCGCCCCGCGCAUUGCGCGCCGCGCGAGGCGCCGACGCUCCUCGGCCCCGGCGCGGCGGGCGCCGCCGAGGCGGCGGCGCUCCCGAUCCGCGCCGCGGAUCGCUGCGCCGCGCCGGAGCCGACCGUCGCGUCGGAGCCAUCAUCCGGCGUGCACCACCUCUUCGCGACGACGAUCUACGUGGCGGACACGCGGCUCCCGCCGGCCGUCCUCGCGGAGGCCGGCCGCGUCGUGCUCGAGCGCCACGACGCCUGGCUCGCGUCGCCGGACGCGCCGGCGCGCGCCGCGGAGGCGAACGACGCGUUCUUCGACGCGCAGGCCGCGUGGACGCGCGGCUGGCUCGCGGCGUACGGCGCCUGCGGCGGGGCCGCGGCGGACUGCGAGGCCGUCGCCGCGGCGGCGAACGGCACCUGGGCCGCGAGCCUGCCCUCGGAGAGCGCGGCCUUUUCGGCGAUCUGGGCCGCGGUCGGCGCGCACGCGCGGCGCUUCGUCGCGGCCGCGGGCUUCGCCGGCGUCGACCUGCGCGUCGACGACGCCAUGCUCGGCGACCCGCGCGGGAGCGGCGAGUACUGGUUCUCGGUGCAGCGCGACGCGUCGCGCCACGCGCCCCACUACCACCCGGCCUGCGCGCUCUCGGGCACGCUCUACCUCCGCGCGCCGGAGGACGCGGGCCGCCUCCGCUUCCAGGACCCGCGGCGCCUCGGCGGCCUCGCGGCGCUCCUGCGCGAGGGCUGGGACGACGACCUCGCGGCCGUCACGGACGAGGCGCUCUUCGACGACGAGGUCGGCCUCGCGCCGCGCGCGGGCGCCGUCGUCCUCUUCCCGCCGUGGGUCAAGCACCACGUCGAGGCGACGCCGUCGCCGGAGCCCCGCGUGAGCCUGUCGUUCAACCUCGCCGGCCGCUGGGGCGCGACGCUGCGCGCGACGGCGGACGGCGCCGCGGCGGCGCGCGCGGGGCUCGCGGCGGACGCGCCCGAGGGCCCGCCGGACUUCUCCGCGUGCAAGGCGCGGGCCCUCGCCGGCGCCUGCGUCGGCGACCCGGACGCCAUGCUCCGCGCCUGCGCCGCGGUCUGCGAGAUCUACAUGCUCGCGCGCGACGUGGACCUCGACGGCGUGGACCUCGUGAAAAUGCAGCGGUCGCUCAACGGCAUGACACACUUCCGCGACGCGCCCGUGGUGCGGGACGUCUUCGCAAGAGACGUGCAGUGCUACGACCUGCUCUUCCGGAACAACGCGGGGCGGAGCAUGUUCGGCUGGGUGACGCUGGCGAACGAGAAGCUCAUGGAGGACGACUGGAGCUGCGCGCUGACGCUCAUGGUGCAGCUGCACCGCGAGACGCGGCGCGCGCGCGACGCCGCGCGGCGCGAGAACGGCUCCGCGUCGACGGAGGCCGCGUGGCACUACGUCAACGCGUCCUUCAGCCUGGCCAUGCUCUACACGAACCCCGGCGUCGUGACGACGCUGAGCGACGAGUCGCCCGUGCACGUCGCGCGCGGCGAGAAGCUGCUCUGGCACGUGCUCGAGGUCGUCGCGGCGGACGGCCUCCUGGGCGAGGACGACGCGAGCGUGCGCUACAUGGUCGACGUCGCGGAGAACGUCUUCGCGGGCGCGGACAAGGCGCGCGCGCUGACGCCCGUGCGCGAGGACGGCGCGGCGAGUUACGUCGAGCGGCCCGCGUACUGGGGCGAGGCGGACGAGUUCGCGGACUGCGGCGACCCGAUUUCGACGGCGCGCGUCGGGAUGCUCUACGCGCUCUUCGGGGACCACCUCCUCGCCGAGAAUUUGUUAGAGGCGGCCUGCGGCGGCUGCCCCGGGACCGCGGGCGCCGCGUCGGAGGCGGACGCGUGCGCGCUCCGGGACCUCGUGGCCCUCCGCGGCGCCCUCGCGACGCGCUGGGUCGACGACUCCGGCGGGCCGACGCCCUGGGAGCCGCGGCGGGCGCCGCGCGACGGCGACGCGACCUGGGCGCUCGGCCCGCGCGCGGCGGCCGAGGACGCGUGCCGCGCGGACGCCGCGUGCGCCGCUAAGACGCGGCCGCCGACGACGGGCGUCUUCCUCCUCCGGUCCCUGGCGGCGCGGCGGCCCUACGUCGACGCCCACCCGGCCCUCGCGUUCUCGCUCCGCGCCGCGGCGCGCCGCGACGCGCGGCUCGCGGACACCGCGCGGCUCCACGUGCUCGUCCACCACGGCGACGUCGCCGCGGCGCGCGACGCCUGGGUCGCCCGCCUCGGGCAUAGCGCGGCCCACCUCCUCGGCGGCGUCCACCUCGCGCGCUUCGGCGUCGCGCCGCGGCGGCGGCGGUCGACGGACCUCAACUACCUCCGGAAGAUCUUCACGGCCGUGGCCAUCUCGCGGCGCCGGCGCUACGAUACCUUGGUGUCCCUCGACGACGACAUCCUCCUCGCGCCGCCGGCCUACCUCGCCCUGCUCCAGCACGCGCCCUUCGGCGUCCGCGGCGCGGACGCGCCGUGCGCGAUGGUCACGCCGACGGUGUCGACGGGCAUCCCGACCGCGGAGCUCUUCGCCGCGGACUUUCUGCCCGCGGCGUCGGCGGCGGCCCUGGAGGCGUGCUACGUCGAGACGAUCCGGCGCUGGCCGCGGCUCUUCGGCGACCCGGACUUCUCGCUCGCGGACGAGACGCUCGAGCGCCUCGAGGGGCCCUGGCCGUCGGCCGAGGCCUGGGACCCGGCCUGGUGGCGCGCGAAGCUCUGGGACAAGGCGGCCAACUUCCUCUACGAGAACGUGCGGAGCUACGGCCUCGGCGUGCACCCCGUGCGCGUCAACGAGACGUGCACGGAGCUCGCGUUCGCGGCGACGCUCCCGCUCAUCCCUGUGCUCAUCCCGGCCCACUUCGGCGCGUCGGCGGCCGACGACCGCCUCGCCCUCGCCAAAGCGCGCCUCGAGGUCGGCGGCCCCCGGGCCUACCCCUACCUGGCCAACUCCGUCUGGGCGACGUCGCCCGCGCGCCUCGUCGACGCGCUCCUCCGCGUGGACCUCGCCACGGGCGGCCACCCCUUCGACGAGGCCGCCAUGUCGACGCUCUUCCUCCACGAGCGCAACGAGAGCUUGUGCGUGCUGCGCCACGCGUUCGCGGUCCACCCGCACUACGGCGGCUCGCGCUUCGCGAACCGGAGCGACUUCGAGGCGCGGCUCCACGCGGCGGCCUACGGCGCGCUCCUCCUGCGGGAGAGCCGGCGCUGCGGCGUCUGCGCCGGGUGCACGGCCGUCGAGUGCGGCGUCUGCAAGUACUGCCUCGACAUGAAGAAGCGCGGCGGGUCGGGGACGAUCCGCCAGGCCUGCAAGGAGCGCAAGUGCCAGCAGGUGACGACCGCGGGCGGCGGCCCGCGGGUGCCGCGCCUGCCCAAGGCGUCCGGCAAGGCGACGUUCGCGCGCGGCAACACGCGGUCGGGCAUGGAGCAGCAGGGCGGCGGGUCCGCGGGCCAGCAGAGCGCGCAGCAGGCCCUCGCCGAGGCCGCCGAGGCGGCGCGCAGCGCCGAGGCCGCGGCGGCGAAGCGGUCCGUGACGAUCGACGGCGAGACCUUCGCGCCCGCGGACCUCUACCGGCUCUGCGAGUCCGUCGGCGACGACCCGGGCCUCGACGGCGACGGCGCCGUGGACUGGGCCGGCGUCGCGUCGCGCCUCGAGGCGCGCGACGCCGCCCGCGACGCGCUCGCGGCCGCGCGGCGCGCGCACGCCAAGCGCGAGGACGAGGCGCGCGCCGACGCGACGAAGAAGGCGAGCCUCCUCGCGCGCGUCGGCGGCGCGAACAAGGCCGACGCGGCGGCGCGCUUCGCGGAGCGCGACGCCGCCCGCGCCGCCGAGGCCGACGCCUCGGCGGCCAAGUGCGCCGCCGCGCUCGACGCGGCGCACGCGGGCGCCGGCGCGGGCCGGUGGACGGCCGCGCGGUGCCGCGCGCUCUGGCGCUGGCCGCAGCCCGCCGCGCGCCGCUACUUCACCAUGGCCUCUUCUUCGCCCGGCACGGCCCACUCGGCCCUCACGGCGAUCCUGAGCCUCUCGGACGGGUCGGCGCCGGCGGGCGGGUCGAAGAUGAAGCGGCUCCAGGCCCCGGCGGCGGGCCGGGGCUCGAAGAUGAAGCGCCUCAAGGGCUCGGGCCCGACACCGACGGCGGCCGCGGCCGCGCCGGCGCCCGCGGAGAUCCGCGCGGACGACGCCCCGGAGCUCCGCGAGCUGCGCAACGAGCUCCUGAGCCUCUGCGACUCCUACGGCCGGGACCGGGCGCCGGACGCGGCGCCGCCGGCGGCCGAGGGCGAGCUCGCGGGCUCCGAGGGCGACGAGGACGGCGACGACGACGACGACGACGAGCCCGGGCCCGGGGCCACGGCGAGCAAGUACACGGGCGUCUGCUACCGCACGGACGGCAACAAGGCCACGCCCUGGCUCGCGCGCAUCACCCAGGGCGGCGUGCACACGAAUCUGGGCGUCUACGCGACGCCCGAGGAGGCCGCGCGCGUCUACGACGACCGCGCGCGCGAGCUCGGCCGCCCCGUCAACUUCCCCCGGCCCGGCGAGCUCCUCACGCUCAAGAAGCGCACGGUCAAGCGCAAGCCCCGCGGGCCCACGCGCCUCGAGCGCGAGCUCGGCCUCCAGCGCGACGCGGCCCGCGGCGACGCGGCCGCGCUCCGCGGCGACCGCGACGCGGCCCGCGGCGACGUCGCCAUGCUCGUCGCCACGCUCCGCGCCGAGCGCGAGACCACGCGCCUCGAGCGCGACACGCUCCGCGCGGAGCGCGACGCCGCCCGCAGCGAGCGCGACGCGCUCCGCGCGGACCGCGACGCGCUCCGCGGCCAGCACGCGGCCCUCGCCGCCCUCAAGGACGAGCUCCUCGCCAAGCUCGGGCCCGUCGAUGGAAAACCGGUCAAUCUCGGCAGCCACGCGACGGAGGAGGAGGCUGCGCGCGUCUAUGACAAGUACAUCCGGGAGCACAAUCUUCUUGGCACUAAUCGCCGAAAGCUGAACUUCCCGCUGCCCGGAGAAGAAGAGGCGAAGAAGCCCCCGGAGAAGCCGCACGCGCGCCCCGGGUCGUCGACCAAGCCCGCUGCGCACAAAAAGCCGUCGGUUACGGAGCAGCUCGCCACCGCGCGGUCGGAGCGCGACGCCGUCCGCCUGGAGCGCGACAUGCUCCGCGCGGGCCGCGAGACCGUCGCCUCGGAACGGGACGCGCUCCGCGCGGAGCGCGACGCGCUGCGCUCGGAGCGGGACGCCGCGUGCUCGGAGCGGGACGUGCUGCAAAUCCAGCUCACUUGUAUGACGAGCUUCAAGGACCAGCUCCUCGCGAAGCUCGCGCCCGCGUAG